AUGGCGUCGUGUUCGGAAAGUGGCCUCAACGACAAACCUAUAGCUGUGCCUUUUAAGCAGCUUAAGAAGAACAAAUUUGCACUUUCAAACCAUCUAGAACGUGUGUUUACAGCCACAAGAAAAGAGUUUUUACGAAAAAAGAGCUUCAGAGAUCCAAGAUUUGACCCUAGAGUUAAUGGGCUAUGCGUCCUGAGCGAUUGGACGUCUUUGAAAGAGGAACAGGAGAAAAAUCUAAGGACUCUAAAGAAACAGCUGCGUAAGGUUCGAAAUGGAGAGCAACGCGAAAAAAUAAAGAGAGCCAUUAAACUGCUGAAUCAACGCCGAGCUACAGAAAAGGACGUUGAGCUAAAAAGACGUGUGAAACGCGAUCUUCAAAAAGCGCAGAUGGCAGAUCUCAUGGCCGGCAAACGGGCGACAUUUAUCACCAGAAGCAAACUUAGGGAAAAGGUGAAAGAGGAGCGGUUGAAAUCGCUGAGUAAACGGGGAAAGGAGCGGUAUCUGUCCAGGCAGGCGAACAAAAAGUAUACAGCUGAUGCCUUUGGUGACUGA